AUGGUUCAUCUGGCACUUUCUCUAAAUGCCAUCCGUAAAGCUACAAAUUUGAACCGUUUAACCAACUUAUACCAGUCUUUUAAAUGUCGAAACCUAAGUUACACUAGCGGAUACACUAUUAUUGACCAUUCAUUCGAUGCGGUGGUUGUUGGUGCAGGUGGGGCAGGUUUACGUGCAGGUUUUGGCCUCGCAAAUGAGGGUUUCAAAACUGCAAUUAUAACAAAAUUAUUUCCCACCAGAUCUCACACUGUUGCUGCUCAGGGUGGAAUAAAUGCUGCUCUUGGGAAUAUGGAGCCUGAUGACUGGCGUUUCCAUAUGUAUGAUACAGUCAAAGGUUCCGAUUGGUUAGGUGACCAGGAUGCUAUUCAUUACAUGUGUGAAGAGGCCCCACAAGCCGUUAUCGAGUUGGAAAACUAUGGGGUGCCUUUUAGUCGCUUGGAGAACGGCAAAAUAUACCAGCGAGCAUUUGGUGGUCAAAGCAUAGACUAUGGGCGCGGUGGUCAGGCCCAUCGCUGUUGUGCAGUUGCGGAUCGAACUGGGCAUUCACUUUUGCAUACAUUAUAUGGCCGGUCAUUACGUUAUGACGCCACUUAUUUCAUUGAAUAUUUCGUAUUGGAUCUUCUCAUGGAAAAUGGCGAGUGUCGUGGUGUCAUUGCUGUAUGUUUAGAGGAUGGGACUUUGCAUCGUUUCCGUUCUAAAAAUACAGUUCUUGCUACAGGGGGUUAUGGUCGUACAUACUUUUCCUGUACUUCAGCACAUACUUGUACAGGCGAUGGGACGGCAAUGGUCACACGGGCUGGGUUGCCUAAUCAAGACAUGGAGUUUGUUCAGUUUCAUCCCACAGGAAUUUAUGGGGCUGGGUGCUUAAUCACCGAGGGCUGUCGAGGUGAGGGUGGUUACCUCAUUAAUAGUAAAGGAGAGAGAUUUAUGGAGAGAUAUGCUCCUAAUGCUAAAGAUCUAGCUUCUCGGGACGUUGUGUCAAGAGCAAUGACGAUUGAGAUUCGCGAAGGACGAGGAGUUGGUCCUAGGAAAGAUCACAUAUUUUUGCAACUUUCUCAUCUUCCGGUAGACCAACUACACACUCGACUUCCUGGUAUAUCGGAGACAGCAAAAAUAUUUGCAGGUGUUGAUGUUACAAGGGAUCCCAUUCCUGUGUUACCUACCGUCCACUAUAAUAUGGGAGGAAUUCCUACAAACUAUAAAGGACAGGUGCUGACUUAUGAUCCGGUUGCUAAAAAAGAUAAGGUCGUUCCUGGACUAUAUGCUGCUGGUGAAGCUGCUUGUGCAUCAGUUCACGGCGCUAAUAGACUAGGUGCCAACUCACUACUUGACAUAGUUGUGUUUGGUCGUGCAUGUGCGCUUGACAUUGCUGCGAAAAAUAAGCCUGGAGACGCAGGUCCAGAGUUAAAACCAGAUACUGGAGAGGUCUCCAUCGCCAACUAUGAAAAACUCCGGACCGCAAAUGGAAAUUAUCCAAUUGCACAAGUUCGAUUAGAAAUGCAGCGAACAAUGCAAGACUAUGCUGCAGUAUUUCGUGAUGGUCCUACUCUCAAAGAGGGCUGUAGAAAAAUGUAUGAAUUAUAUGCUUCUCGAAUGAAUGAUUUAAAAGUUAGUGAUCGCAGCAAAAUAUGGAAUAGUGAUCUAAUGGAAGCAUUAGAAUUACAGAAUCUGAUGCUAAACGCUUUACAGACUAUUGUUGGAGCUGAAGCCCGUAGAGAAUCGCGUGGUGCUCAUGCACGUGAAGACUUUCCUAAUCGAUUAGAUGAAUUCGACUACUCUAAACCUAUUGAUGGACAAAAGCCUAAGCCAUUUGAAGAACAUUGGCGAAAACAUACUCUGUCUUAUCAGGAUGUUAAAACGGAGCUGUCCAACUGUCCCUCCAAAACUACGCACUUAUUAGCAUACUCAUUGCUUAGGAUGAAUUUUUCAAAUGUGUAG